GCGAUGGAAUCAAUGUGGUUUCCCUGACUGGCGAAGGUCGAGAAAGUGACGAAUCAUCAUUCACACCUUUGAAAGAUCUGAAUCUUCCGUAUUCUCUGUUCUCUCUAAUAGACAUAUGUGAUACAUCCAAAGAAAUCAUAGUUGAAGAGCGUGUUCUCUUAUAUUAUAAAUACGACAACUCUCCAGUGAAUUGCGUAAAAAUCUUUAGAAGUGCCUAUGGAAUCAAACCCUUUGGAUUUAGGUUGCUCCAAUUUAAUCUAUUCAAUCGAACCACUGCUCAAGAAUAUGGACAACCUGAUGAAAUUACUUUGUACGAUGGUGAUGUUUAUAAUGUGUCAGCACCUAUAUUAGGAAAAAUCCAAGCAAAUGCUAAAGGUGCAGAGAGAAAGUUUUAUAAAAGCACAUGGCAAGGAUUGAGUGUCAGGUUGUUUGCGAGCGGAGCCAGUGGGACAUAUGGUUUUAUAGCAGAAAUUAUUACUUUGCCGAUUUCAGCAAUUGGAUUUAAUCGCGAUGCACAGCACAACCUGACGUAUUCCACACUAUCAAACUGUUUGACUGGUGCGUUGUCUUACUCGACCGUCGGCGAGGUGUCGCCCACGCUUAGCCUGGAAAACCAAAUCCUGGACAACUGCGUUCAACUUUAUGGAAACUUCUCAACCUGCAAGGCGGCUAUGAAGAUCGAUGUCCAAAAUAUGCAGAACAUGUAUUUCAGGAAUAACUUAGUACGUGGAAAUCAAGGAGGUCUAUGGUUGCGGGCGGACUCCCGCGGUUCCGCCACUUCUCUACGCGGUUGGCUUCAUAACAAUCUAUUCACGGAGAAUUAUAAUCUGCCAGCUCUGUACAUUGAAGGUCGCCAAUCAUCACCAUAUCAAGAAGUCACUAUAUAUAAAAACUAUUUUUCAAGGAAUGUCUUGCAAUACCAUGAUGUUAUAGUUUUGAAGCAAGUUGUUUCAAAUUUCUCUUACAACUACGUUAAUAGCAACACUGGAGCAAGAAUAAUGGAAAUUUCAGGAUUUGAAAAAGUUCGCCUACCAAUUUAUCAGACUACAAUGCACAAUGGUUUUUAUAAUAACUACGCCGUAGACCCGCUGGGAAGAGCUACGAUCGUAGCAGGCACUGCCGGGCAGCAGUAUGUGGAUAACAUCUUUUUCAACCCGGACAAUGAUUAUGAAAUGAUUACCGUCAAUAGAUCUAUUACUCAAGAAUUAUGGAAGACCAAGAUCGACGCCGCCCAUAAUUACUGGGGCUACAAUAUAACUCUAGCCGUUGGGGCCCGUAUUCGGGACAGAGCUGAUGAUCCGGCACUGGUGGAAGUUCAGUAUCUUCCUACGCACGACAACAAUCAAACUGUUCUGGACGGAAAAUGUCCACCAGGAUGGGGAGCAGUACUGGAUACUUGCUAUUCGUAUAUUGGAGCUCCGAUGGGCUUUAGGGAAGCCAAAGAGUUUUGUAUGAAUGACAAUGCUUCGAUGCCAUACAUGAGGUCUGAUACUUCGCCUGUCCUCGCAUUUCUGGAACAGCAGAGAGGAGUGGCCAACGACUACUCCGUGUCGGCAGCGUACGACCAGCGCGUGUGGGUCCAGGACCUGGACCGAAUCGAUCAAUGCACGGCCUUAGAGUACAGGGGCAUUGUUUUAGAUGACUGCCAGAGCAGACAUGGAUUUAUAUGUGAAAUAGAUCCAAUUGUCAGCAUAGAUCCACUUUUAUGGACAACGGACAUUGUUGCCAUCGGAGUGAUAAGCUCAAUGGCUAUUGCUGUUUUAGUAUUGGCUUUGGCUAUUGCUUGCUGGUAUCAUAAAUCAAGACAUCGUCAUGCACAACGUUUGCAGAGAAGAAACAGUAUCAGACAAUCCUUGAGGUCUCUGAAUAGCCUGGAUCCCGGUUCUAUGAGGAGAAAAAACUUGUCUGGAUCUCGGUCCACUGACACGUUAACAGUGAAAUCAGCAUCGGAUUGUAAAAGAAUGUUGUCCUCCGGAUCUAUAGAUUCCAUAGAAAAAAGCGUAUUCACAGGAUCCAGCUUAGACGACGAUAGGAGCUUUGAUGUUUAUGAAUCGCACAAUCCUAGGACUGGCUACAAUGG